AUGUCCAGUAACAGCAAGAACACUACUGCUAAAGAAAUUGAUAACUUUUCCAUUCACGGAAACUCAAUCAAAGAUGUGUAUGAUGUGCCAAUGUCUGCCAUCAACAGGCCUAUUCCAUCACAAUUAGAUAAGCAAAAAGUAGAGAAUAUGAAGCAAGUAUUGCAGAUCCCAGGCAGAGAAGAGGAAUUGACACCGAUUGAUGUUCAUCAUGUCAAACACAAGGGCCAGGAUUACUAUUUUGCAUUUGGCGGCUGCCAUCGUUGGGCAGCAAGCAAAGAGCUAGGCAGAGAGACUAUCAGAGCUAAAUUGAUUGAAACGCCUGCUUCUGUUAUAUCCACCUAUAUGGGCGCUUCAUCGCCCUUUAAAGAAUAA